AUGCUUCCAAAGGUGGAGCACAAUGAGGUAAACUUAAGAUUGGAAACCAAGCGCUGAGUGUAGCAGAGCAGCUCAAAACUGCCUACCUUUGGACUUCUUUUUUGUGAAGAAAGAAAUCAAUUUCUAUCUUGCAUGCUCACAUCCCACCAGGAAGCCUGCGUACAGCAGAGGACAGACACCUCCAGGGGGAAAGAAACGCUGGGCCUCCUUCCGCAAUUGUGAAGUAACCUAAGUCUCUUUUGCUGGAAGUGGCAAUCAGCCUAUCCGCGAGGAAAGGCAAACCGAAAACUCCCAUCUCGAGGAUGAAGGCGGUAGGGGGUACAGAAUUGGGGAACGGGGCGGAGAAAAGCAGUUGGAUGUGUGGCUCCUCAAGAUGGCUGCCCCGAACCCCAUGACCGGGAGGAAGCGGAGCUCCGCCCCAGCGCGCCGGGCCCCACCCCACUCGGCCCCGCCCAGCGCCCCUCCCCUCUCCGGGGGGGGGCGGUGAGAGUUGUGAGGUGUCUCAGCAAAGCGCCUGCGCAGUGGGCAGCGGCGCGCGGGGCGGAGGCUUUAUAAUCACUUCGACGCGGCCGCUCGGCUUCUAGCUCGGGGAGGGCGGCCAAGGCGGCGGCGGUCGCCGCGCCGGUUGAGGGGGCGCUGAGGCGGGAGCAGUGGUGGCGCUGGGCGCCCCUCGCUCCUGGGCCUCUGGGGGCCAUGGGCUCCGAGAAGGACUCCGAGUCGCCGCGCUCUACAUCUCUACACGCGGCCGCGCCCGACCCCAAGUGCCGCAGCGGCGGCCGGCGCCGGCGCCUCACCUUCCACAGUGUCUUCUCCGCCUCGGCCCGCGGCCGCCGCGCCCGGGCCAAGCCGCAGGCCGAGCCGCCGCCCCCGGCUGCACCGCCGCCGCCCGCCCCGGUCCCGGCCGCGGCCCAGGCCCCGCCGCCCGAGGCGCUGCCCGCCGAGCCGGCCGCCGAGGCGGAGGCGGAGGCCGCGGCGGCGGCCGGGCCCGGGUUCGACGAUGAGGAGGCGGCGGAGGGCGGCGGCCCCGGCCCGGAGGAGGUGGAGUGCCCGCUCUGCCUGGUGCGGCUGCCGCCCGAGCGGGCCCCUCGUCUCCUCAGCUGCCCGCACCGCUCGUGCCGGGACUGCCUCCGCCACUACCUGCGCCUGGAGAUCAGCGAGAGCCGGGUGCCCAUUAGCUGCCCCGAGUGCAGCGAGCGACUCAACCCGCACGACAUCCGCCUGCUGCUCGCCGACCCGCCGCUCAUGCACAAGUACGAGGAGUUCAUGCUGCGCCGCUACCUGGCCUCGGACCCCGACUGCCGCUGGUGCCCGGCCCCGGACUGCGGUUAUGCUGUUAUUGCCUAUGGCUGUGCCAGCUGCCCAAAGCUGACCUGUGAGAGGGAAGGCUGCCAAACGGAGUUCUGCUACCACUGCAAGCAAAUAUGGCAUCCAAAUCAGACAUGCGAUAUGGCCCGUCAGCAGAGGGCACAGACUUUGCGAGUACGGACCAAGCACACUUCAGGUCUCAGUUAUGGGCAAGAAUCUGGACCAGCAGAUGACAUCAAGCCAUGCCCACGAUGCAGUGCUUACAUUAUCAAGAUGAAUGAUGGGAGCUGUAAUCAUAUGACCUGUGCAGUGUGUGGCUGUGAAUUCUGUUGGCUUUGUAUGAAAGAGAUCUCAGACUUGCAUUACCUCAGCCCCUCUGGCUGCACAUUCUGGGGCAAGAAGCCGUGGAGCCGUAAGAAGAAAAUUCUUUGGCAGCUGGGCACACUGAUUGGUGCUCCAGUGGGGAUAUCCCUCAUUGCUGGCAUUGCCAUUCCUGCCAUGGUCAUCGGCAUUCCUGUUUAUGUUGGCAGGAAGAUUCACAGCAGAUAUGAGGGAAGGAAAACCUCCAAACACAAGAGGAAUUUGGCUAUCACAGGAGGAGUGACUUUGUCUGUCAUUGCAUCCCCAGUCAUUGCUGCAGUUAGUGUGGGUAUUGGUGUCCCCAUUAUGCUGGCUUAUGUCUAUGGGGUUGUGCCCAUUUCUCUCUGUCGUGGAGGUGGCUGUGGAGUUAGCACAGCCAAUGGAAAGGGGGUGAAAAUUGAGUUUGAUGAAGAUGAUGGUCCAAUCACAGUGGCAGAUGCCUGGAGAGCCCUUAAGAACCCCAGCAUUGGGGAGAGCAGUAUUGAAGGUCUGACUAGUGUAUUGAGCACCAGCGGAAGCCCUACAGAUGGACUUAGUGUUAUGCAGGGUCCAUACAGCGAAACAGCCAGCUUUGCAGCCCUCUCAGGGGGCACGCUGAGUGGUGGCAUUCUUUCCAGUGGCAAGGGAAAAUAUAGCAGAGAAUGCAACAAUAUGGAGAUCCAAGUGGACAUUGAAGCCAAACCAAGCCACUACCAGCUGGUGAGUGGAAGCAGCACAGAGGACUCACUCCACGUUCACGCCCAGAUGGCAGAGAAUGAAGAAGAAGGUGGUGGCGGUGGCGGCAGUGUCGGCAACGAAGAGGACCCCCCCUGCAAACACCAAAGCUGUGAACAGAAAGACUGCCUGGCCGGCAAACCUUGGGACAUCAGCCUGGCCCAGCCUGAGAGCAUCCGCAGUGACCUGGAGAGCUCGGACACGCAGUCGGACGAUGUGCCGGACAUCACCUCAGAUGAGUGUGGCUCCCCUCGCUCCCAGACGGCAGCCUGCCCCUCCACUCCCAGAGCCCAAGGUGCACCGAGCCCAAGUGCCCAUAUGAACCUCUCUGCCCCAGCCGAGGGGAAGACUGUCUUGAAGCCAGAAGGUGCAGAAGGCAGAGUAUGAAGUGGAAUGAAUGCUCCUGUUCUGAGAAGCACACUUGUAACUGCAUCUUUUGGAAUUUUUUUUUGUGGUGGGGGGGGGGGGGCGGGAAUUUAUGUAUUUUAUUUCAAAUAUUCUCUGGUCACAGGUUUUCCCCAGGGAAAUUCUGAGAAAUUUGCUAUUUCUUACCAGAUAAAACAUGGAAAUUUUUGCCCUUCGUCCCACCCCCCAACCCCUUCCCUCCUUGUUUUAGUUUUAAUUUAUUGGUUAAACUGAAAGUGGCAAUCCGUGAGGUGUGUCAAAGAGUGUACAGAUGUAUGUGUGUAUAUUGUACGUAUGCUAACAUAUUACUGAAAGAAACACAUUUUAAUAAAGAUUUCUGUCGUAAUUCAA